ACCGCCAGACACAGACUCGCAAGCAUGGAGCUAGUAAAGCUGAAUAUCGGCGGAAGCGAGUUUGUCUCAACCUUGCAGACUCUAACAAGGAGACAAAGUUGGUUUUCAGUGACAGAUGCAUAUAAGAAAAGCCCCAGUGGCGAUUACUAUACUCUAUUUUUGGACCGAGACCCUAAGGUGUUUCGACACGUGCUCAAUUUCAUCCGCGACGAGAGAUUAUCGUUACCGGAGAACUUCAAAGAAUACGAAUUGCUCCUGAGAGAAGCGACGUAUUAUCAAAUAGAGGGAAUUCGCGAGGAGAUUUUUAAACACAGGGCGAGACAAGCGGAGAUUGUUUGCCUUUACUUCAAUCAAGAUCGCGUCGAGCAAAUCGAGGGGAAAAAGGAGACCCUAGAGCGUGUUUUUCCGAGCUUGUUGUCUCGGUAUCGUUUGCAAGGGGACAGAUGCAAACCGGAGUUUUGUGUGGCGAGUCCAGCCUCGGAGCGCCAAAUGUUCUCGAUGACGGCAAGUGCGGCUACAAGUGACUUCGCACAUCAAGGAUUUAAGGUCAAAACAGUAACACAAGUAGGGAACCGAAUGCUAUGGAUAUUUUCACGGUCUUGAUUCUGCGCAUGCUCGGGAGCACGCGAGGAACGCCCGCAAAGAACCCUGGGUAUCGCAGCAUAAGUUCUCUGGAAAGUAGUAAAGAUGAAGCUUUCAUUGAAA